AUGCAAGGCAUUGAUGAUAGGAGUACGUGGGACUCUUAUUAUCAUUGCUGCUUCAAUGAGAUGCCAUUACCAUCAUUAUUUGUAGAUUUUUCAGAAAAAACUAUUUUAUUGCAAGAAUUAAAGAGAUUUUUAAUUUCGGAAGAAAAUAUUAAGGAUAACUUAGAUAACAAGUACAAAGUUCAAUCAUAUAUCAAGUAUUUAGGCGAAUCAAUACCAGACAACUCACGAGAAAUUGUUUUAAAUGAUUUAUUAAAUUCGGAUGAUCAAAUAAUUCAACAGUUAGUAUCAUAUAUUUUGAAAGGAAAGAAGUUAUAUCAGUCAGAUGAAGCCUUUAUUCAUAAUAUCAGCUUUUUUCUUUUGUUAUUUCACGAUACAAAUUCUGGAGCUUUCGAAGUUUUAUAUCCUGAAGUAAAGAAAUUCAUUGAAACAAUUACAUAUGAGCAUUUAUUUGAUAUAUUAGGUCCAGAUUUAUUAACAAUAGUUCAUGAAUUACCUCAAUCAUUUUUAUCAAAAAUUGCCAUCGAUGUUCACUCAAUUACAGAGUUAUUUAAGUCAAGUUACAUAUUGACAAACAUAAAUUCAUGCGAUAUCCUUCAAAAAAGAAUAACAAAUCAGUAUCAAUUUCCAAAACAGUUUCCUUUUAUCUCAGACGAGUACUUUACAUGCGUGAAUACAGUCAUAACACAAAAUAAAUCAUUUAUGGACCUGUUAUCUACGCUUGCAAUCACUGAUUUAGCUUCAUUUGACUUCCAAAACCUUUUAAUACAUUUUAACGGUUUUCAAUACUUAAUACCAUACUUCAUAGUUGCAAAUCAGCAGCUUCUUUACUCAAAUCUCGACGAAUCCGUUCAAAUUCUUUCAGCGGAUUAUUUACCUUCUCCGGCCACAGAUUUAGUUAUCAGGUUUUCAAAUGACCAGAAAUUGUUGGAGAUGAUCUCUUUCUGCAAUGGCGGCGACUUAAUCCUGUCUCCGGCAGAUUUGAUGGAUUCUUCCUUAGUUUUCCACUUACAGAACGUGAUUAGUAACACAGAGAUACUCGAGUAUGCUGAGAAGAAGUAUUUCCUUGUCUCAGAUGAAGAUUCCGCAGAAGAUUUUGAUUUUAUCAGGUGUUAUAACAUAUUUCGGAACUUCUUUUCGAUUUUCCAGUCACCUCCGACCCACACAAAGAAGUUCCUUGACCUGAUUUCUUCGUCUUUCAAGGAAAUCAAGACGAAUCACGUAAGAGAUGCGAUGGUCUACGAUUUGUUCUCACUUUUAUUCCUGAAAAACAAGUCAAACAAAUUUAUUGUCACAACGCAGAUCGCAAAAGCCAUCCUAAAGCUAAUAAACCCGUUCACAGACAAUAAAUUUAUCAAAAAUGCAAAUUCAAUGCUAAAUGGUCAGUUCACUUUUUGGAGACAAGAUCCUCCCUUUGAGAGCUACUUAACACGUGACAGCACCAACAUAUUCCGUGCUAUAGAAGGCAAGAACUGGAACCUUGCAAACGAUCUUACAAACGGCCUUCCCUACUACAGGAAUUUCUAUGUUCUUAGCUGUUCUGUCGACGCCAUGAUCAACAACAAGACUCUGCCAGACGAGGCCGUCGAGUACAAGGACCUGAUCAAUCUGGAGGUCGGCUUCUCGACGUACAGCUUCGAUUUGCUCCGUUCCUGCGUGAAGAAGUUUUCUGAGUACAAGGAAAUCAUAGAAAAAAGGGACUUAAACUGUUUCGACAUUCUUCAGAACGAGAAGUGGCAGACAAUCAACACUUUUCUCGACAUAUUCGACAGUUUGGACAAUUUCGAUGAUUUCCUUGUAACAAUUCAAAAUUCUAAAAAUUUACAUCACUUCAUUUGUGAUGUGAACUUUUAUUUGAAGUAUUCCAACUACAACGAAACAUUUGACUACGUGAAAGCAAUAUCAAACGCUCUCAAAAUGAACAAAAUUGAUGAUGCAAAACAAAUGUCACUUUUUGUUGGAAAAGAUUUGAUUGAAAUUAUUCUGACGAACAGGGAGAAAUUUGAUAUCACGAAGGAGUACAUUUUGUCUGAAUACCCUAGUAACCCUGUUCUGAUAACGAUGAUUGCUGUUUCUGAGUUCGGAAGCGAGAUUUCGUCUGAAAUUUCAAUUUCGGAUGUUUUGAAGAGAUAUUUGGACCAGAAAAUAGAAACAAAAACAAGAAAUGACAAGGAAAUGUUCAUGGAACUCUUCGAAAAACUGAAAGCAAAUGAUGACAACUUCGACGACAUAAUCUACAAUCUGGAUCAUCUAAAAAUUCUGAAAGAAGUUUUGUGUCUAGAAAUUGUAAACGACGCCGUGAUAAAACUUUUGGAAAUUGUGUCCUACCAGGCGAAUCCAGGUGAGAUCUACCAGAUAGACACAAUAAAGAUCAAGAACUUCAACGCAAACAACAAAUCUCUCUCAGAUAAAGAGAAAACUCUCAAAUUUAUAGAAAAAUUUGAUAAAAAUUUGACAUUACGUUAUUUGUCAGAUUUUGAAUUUUCUGUUUCUAAAGACGCCUUUGUUUUGUUGUACGAAAAGAACAAAGAGGAUGUAGUGUUUGUGAGCAAAAUCACGAACAUUUCUAAGGCGCAUUUCGAGCUGAUCAAGUCGCUCAAAGAAAAAGAUAAAAGUCAAAAAGAAAAUGCAGAAAAUAAAAUGUCAAAAGAUGUCAAAACCGCUUUUGAAAAUUUGUCAGCAGAAUUUGGAAAUUGCAGAGAGAAAGAAGAUGUCGUAGAAAUGAUAGAAAAAGACGCAAAUUUGAUUUUCAAACUCACAAAACUACAAAAAGUUUUCUUCGACGACGAAUUUCUCCUCAAAACAAUUUCCAAAUUCCCAAAACUCGAUGAAAAAGUUAAAAUUUUGGCGCAUUUGAGUGAAUUUUUCAGCGAAAAAGAAAUUUUCGUCAAUUUAGUCGACAAACUCAUGACAGAAGAAAUCUGCCAACUUGAUGUUUUCGACAGAAGAGCAGAAGAUGAUUCAAUUAAGAUUAUGAAGAUGAUAAGAAAUUUGACAUCUUUCAGUUCACUUCACAACAAAAUAGAUAUUGUUGACAUGAUAUUAGAGAAGCGAAUUUUCUUGACAUAUGGAUUCAAGUACAAUUUCAGAGAUUUUUGCUCUGAAGAAUUCGGAAAUUAUUUGGAAAAUUUACUUGUCAAAUUUGAUUUUUAUGACAUUUGUCAGAAUUUGUUUUCUGUGUACAAACUGAGCGAAACCAAUCUUCUCCUUAACAUCUGCUACAAGAAAGCGAAGAUGGGUUUGAUUGAGUCAUUUGAUUCGAACUCGAUGAAACCAGAAACCGAUCUGAACGAAUUUGAAUUGAAUGGAUGGAGUAACUCGAAAUUGUUUAACUGUUUCGUUUCUCCUUUUGUUUUCAACAACGAAAUUCCGACAUUAAUGACGAGAUCCCUCAAAGAUCUGCAGGUCACGAAGGAAGCAUCGAAUUUCUCCAAGAGCAUCUACAGUUUUGUGAAAGAAACAGUUAAGUACGAGAUGACGAAUUCGAAGCCAACUCUCUUCGACCCGAAAGAAAAGUCGCACGAAAAACAGGCACUAAUGAACAAAUUCAUAUUUCUGCUUUCGAGGUACUGCAGCAUCGACGAAAGUAUCUCCAUCCUGACAUCGAUCGGAAACUUCUCUUCUUCCUACCAGCUCUUGCACAGCAUCGAAGACGAGAACCACAAGAAGAAAGUGUUCAGCGAGUCAUUCUUCUACAGGGGAAUGAUGAGAGAAAAGUCGAUCGAAGUCAUCAACUUCAUCAAACAGCAGGAUCCAAACUUUUACGUCUGCUCAUCUCUGUUUGACGGACUGAUGGACUACAUGAAGGAAUACAGACUCUACGAAGGCCUCUACUUCAUUUACUCCCUUCGAAACAUGAUGGAGCAGCAGGCGGAAGCAGCUCUGAGUCUUUUCGGAGAGAGCGAAACAAUGGUUUCCAAGUUCAACUUCAUCGGAAAGGCUUACGCUUCCAUUCUCAUGGCAAUAAACAUCAGAUUCCAUCCGAUUGAGCUGAGCCCUCCUUAUGUUCCCAGUUCUGCAUCGAACUACGAACUGCGAGAGAGUCUGAACGCAGUGAACAUAAUGAUGCAGUUCUGCCAGUUCUGUCUGUCGAGGAAGAUCAACGUUAAUUCUGAUGACAUAGACUUGGUCCACAACCCUCGAUGUGCAGCAAGAAUGGCAGCGAUCUUGAGCAUCGAAGAGCACGAGAAGGACUUGUACCAGCAGAUUAUUAGAUCAUUCUCAGUCAGUGACAGAGACUUGGAGAGUGGUUUCUGUUACGUUGUGAAGCAGAAACGUGUGGAGGAAGUUUUCAACUUCUUGACACAGAUGAAGACGAAGAACGAAGAACUCUCUAUCAGAAUCAUGGAGUCGUAUUUGAGAUGGCUUUGCCUCACGAACAACUUCUUUUGGAUUCCUAUCUUCAUCAGACUUGAAGAUGAUCCAGUUCGACGUGCUUUGCUGUUCAUUGAAUACGACUUCUUGGAUGAUGCAAACGCAAUUAUAUUUGAGCACAACAUAGAUGACCUCUCAGACUUGCUCGCAUACAGAGCUUCACAGAUUGCAUGCACUAUGGUAAUGCUUAGAUAUAGGAAAUCUGAAUAA